AGUGGUGCCUCCCAAACCAAACGAGACGACCUCGGUCGAUAUCGUUGGAGUGACACGGCUGGGGGACUCGAACGAGGAGAAGAAAGCAGUUCACCCGGAUCCCAUUACGACGGACGGCUGCGACGCUUGUACCCGAGGAGCUCUUCGACCCUGACUCCGUUGCCGCAAGCAGAAGUUUCGUUAGAAAACCCAGAGCAGAGUCCAUUACUGACGCUUCCACUGCGACGGCCGCGUGAUGCGAAGAGGGGACAGCUGGGACUCCUUGCAACGAAACGGCAGAGUGUGUGGCUCAUGCUACCUGCGAUAAUUAUGAAUGCACAUGCGAUGAAGAACAUGCGCCUGAUGAUGAAGGGCUAUGCAAGGGGACAGCUGGAACUUCCUGCAACGAAACGACGGAGUGUGUUGUUCAUGCCAGCUGCAAAGACAACAAUUGCACAUGCGAAACAGGGUUCACGCCGGAUGACGGAAGACUAUGCAAGGGGACAGUUGGAACUCUUUGCACCGAAUCGACGGAAUGUGUGGCUUAUGCCAAUUGCACUAAUGGUGAAUGCACAUGCAAUGAAGGAUAUGAGCCUAAUACAAGUGGGCUAUGUGGUGGGAGACACUGAUGCCCUCGAUCUCCUGGAUCAGUUGACGGACGAAAUUGAGAAUAUUGGGGAUGGAAGAGAGUUGACUGGGGAUGAGAUUGGAGAUUUGGUGGAUUUACUGGAUGAUUUGUUUGAGGACUUCUUCCUGAAUUUUACCAAUUCCUCUGAUGCCCAAAGUCGAAGCCAUGGAUUUCUUACCAAUUUCACUCGGGUCAUCGACGAAGCACUUCUCUCCUUCAAUGGCUGGCUCAGUUUGGCACCCUACGGCCUGAAAUUGUCGAGCAAGCUGUUGGAAUGGGGAGAGGAGCUCCAGUUCCGGAAUACCACCACGGCGCUGAUCGUCGAGGUCGGCAGCGGGAAGAUGGAGAAUUUGACCGGACCCAUCGUGUUUCCCUCGUCCGAUAGAGACACGUAUUUCGAGUUACCGUUACCGUUGAGUUUUCGGGACAACGGAAGGGGAAAACUACACCUUUGUCGAUUCCAAGAGGAAAAGGCUGUGAACUCGAAGCUGCUCACGUUCGCUUUGAAGUUGAACGAGACCGUGAUCCUGACCGAUCCAGCCACCCUGACCUUUCGAAACUCCCGAGUGCCACAAACUCCACUGUACAAAGAUAUUUGGCGGGAUCUCCACGAAGGGGAAGACCCGGCGUUCAUUCCUCGCACUCAGCAAUGCGCCUUCUGGAAUUUCAAUGGAACAGGAUUUUGGGAUAAAGAAGGCCUCCAAGAGGUCUCCUCAGAUAACGAAUACACCGUUUGUCGCACGUACCAUCUGACCAAUUUCGCCGUGCUCAUGAGCUUGCACGGAUACGUUGGCCGAGGUUGGAUUCUGGAACUGUUUACCAUGACGUUGUUGCCCUGUUCCAUCAUCUGUCUGGCAAUGGCAAUAUUCCUCUUCCAGAAGAGCAAGAAGUCCACGAAAGAACAAAAUCUGGGGCUGAACAUACAUCAGCAGCUGUGUUUCUGGUUGCUCCUCGGAUACCUUCUCGUGUUUCUUGUCAUCGACCGCCGCUUCUUUCUAAUACCACCAAUGGUGUGUGAGAUAUCGGCAGUGUUCCUCCACUUCGUGUUCCUCUCCUGCUUUGCGUGGAUGGCCCUCGAAGGAUGGCGACUGCACACUCUGCUGCACAUGGUUAAGAGAAUGAACCUUUCCCUUCGGGUUAAUCUCCUUGUUGGAUACUCGGCUCCUGUCUUCGUUGUCGGCAUCACGGCUGCAGUUUCCUUCGGCACGCAGACGCACGGAUACGGCGAAGGGGAAUUCUGUUGGCUCUCAUCGCCCUAUUACAUCUGGACGUUUGCCGCUCCAGUUCUCUUCGUGCUCGUUGCCAACUCCAUCCUCAUGAUCCGCGUGAUAAAGAAAGCCAGGGCGCUCAGCAGGCUUCCGACGGGGAUGCAGAGGCAUCAGGUGCAAAGGAGCCACAAGAGCAGCAUGGUGCGGAUCCUCUCUCUAUCGAGUCUCCUCGGGAUCGGCUGGCUGUUUGGCGUCCUCCAGAUGGAGGUGUCGCCUGCCUUCUCCUACUUGUUCGUCCUCAUCAACGGGAGUCAGGGCAUCGGGAUAUUCAUAUUCUACUGCUACAGGCAGCCGGAUAUGAGGGAUAAACUGAAACGUUACCUGAAGGUGAACAUUCUGUCGUACAUCUUCCGUCAUGGACCUCCAAAGAAUAAAGAUAAAGUUUCCAAGUUCCAGAGAAUAAAGGAAACGGCAUCUUCCGCCCCGAUCGGAAUGGAUUCGUCGAACGCCACCACAUUGAAGGAAGACCUGGGAGACGAGUGCGAGCCGGGUCCGCAAGCGUGCAAGCCGGACAAUUCCGAGUGCGUCGCUUCGGAUGGGGAACCGGGCACUUUCACCUGCCAGUGCAAACAUGGAUUCCUGGAGGAAAACGGCGAAGACUGCAAGAUUGCGGCGGGCGGAGACUGCCAAAACAAUAAUGAUUGCGUAAAACAUGCCGACUGCAAGAACCACGGCGGAGGGCAGAAAUCCUGCGAAUGCGACGAGGGAUCAGUCGAGGAAGCCGGACGAUGCAAGGUGCCUCCGGGAGGGAAUUGCGAAGGGGAUGAGGAUUGUGUAGAGAACGCGAAGUGUUCGGACGGAGAGUGUCGCUGCGGCGCCGGAUUCGCUGAGCAAGAUCAACGAUGCGUGCCAGACGAUGGACCUGGGCUCGGCGAACCCUGCGAUCUAGCGUCAGGGAACUGCGCGGCGGACAACGCAGUCUGCGACCCAGCGUCCUCCACGUGUCGAUGCGAGGGAGGAUACAUCCAGGAUGGAGGCGCCUGCAGGCGUCCAAAUCUGGGUGAAGAAUGCACCGCCGCCAUAGGAUGCGCCAAUCCAAACGCAGAAUGCAUCGCAAGCGGAGAGACGUCGACGUGCCAGUGCUCCCAGGGAUUUGCCUUGGAUGAGACAGAAUGCAAGGUGGAAGUAGGCGGACCGUGCACCGACGAUGGAGAUUGUGUGGACAACGCCGAUUGCGAAGAAGACGAUGGACAAGAAAUUUGCGGAUGCAAAAAUCAUUACAUCGAGGAAGGCGGACGUUGCAAGGUGGGCCUGGGAGAGAAAUGCGAUAGUUCCGAGGAGUGUUUGCAAAACGCGGAGUGUCUUGGUCCGAAUAUGAAGUGCCAUUGCAGCGAAGGAUUCGUGGAACAAGACGACCAUUGCGUGGUCCGCCUCAGGUAUUUGUCCGACGACAUUCGGCAGUGGCUCCCGACUCGGUGGACCCCGUUCGACAGUGUGAUGCGUCUGCAAGGCUCCCUCACCCACAACGGAAUUCAGCAAAUCAAUUGUGGAAUGUCGACAUCUCUGAUGAAUCGUUUCCGAAAGCUCAUGCGAUUCGGCAAGGCUCUGAUGCUCACUAAGGCCCCAUUUGAAAUGCGGCUUGAAUUUUUCCUCAUGCCAGCUAAUGGGCCAGGGCUGGGCGAACCCUGCGAUCCAGCGUCCGGGAACUGCGCGACGGACAACGCAUUCUGCGACCCAGCGUCCUCCACGUGCCGAUGCGAGGGAGGAUACAUCCAGGUUGGAGACGCCUGCACACUCGAUGAGAAUCCGGGACACGGCGGAGGAGGGAUCGGAGAGAUGUGUCGAGUGGACGACGACUGCAAACGGGACGGGCACCUAGCCUGUAACCUCGCCCUUUUCAAGUGCGACUGCGCCGACGGAUUCAUCUUCAACACUGACAUCCUCGUGUGCGUUACUGGGAGAAAAGGCUUGGGAGACGCAUGUACCAACGAUGGGGAUUGCAACGGGAAUCUGCACUACCAUUGCGACGAAGCCAUGAAGAUUUGCACCUGCGGGGACGGGUACCGGCUGGACGUGGAGACCCUGCAGUGUGAGAAAAGCCCCGGGGGAUUGGGGGACGAGUGCGCGACGGAGGAGGACUGCGACGCGGACUUCCACCUGGGAUGCCACGCGGGGCUGGGGAAGUGCGACUGCGUGGAUGGCUUCUCGCUUGAAAGUCUCACGUUUCGAUGCGUCCCGAAUCUUGCACGAUCGCAUCUCGAGCCAACGCCGACCGGAGUGGGACGGGCCGUCUCCUCUCAUCACGAGCGCACUCUGACGACCUCGCCGUCCACACUGCACUGCGCGCGACUGGACGCAGCCCGCUUCGUGUCCGCGGGGUAUGACGUGCUGGAGGCGCGGGAGCAGACAGGCGAUAGAGCGAGGCGUAUCGCAGAUACUUCCGGCGCGCGAGAUAAAGUCUAUCAGUUUAUGGCACUUGAUGGCUUGGAGUCACAUGGCUCCCAACGUGUCGCAAUCGCCCAUCCUUCGCCCUUCGUCCCGGAUUCCCCAGAUGCCCCUACCAGUUUAAAAAGCGACAGGACCGUCUGUCUAGUCCAGCACGGCGCUUGGGACCCCGGCGAGGGAGAAUUCGGAGACCCUUGCCUCGAGGACGCGGACUGCGACAAGGACGAAAAUCUCGCCUGUAACGUGACCGCUUUCAGAUGCGAAUGCGCUCGGGGAUUCGUGUUCCGCGGGGAUUUCGGCAUGUGUGUCGUGACUGAUCUUCAGACACAUUUCGAAGAGUUGGGUCGCUGGCUCCCAGGUUCCAUCCCACUCUUCCUGGGCUUCGUUCGAAAACCCAAACCAUUUCAUGAAUUCGCUGAGACGGGUGACGGCUGUUCUCUUUUUGUACAAGAAGGAAGCCAGGAUUCUCACUUGGGAGAGCUUGGAGACCCCUGCCAACGAGACGAAGAUUGUCGCUCGGAUGAAUACCUUGUCUGUGAUAUGGACCAUUACGUGUGUAACUGCCCAGAGGGCUCUUUGUUCGACGGUGACAUCCGCCAGUGUGUACUUGAAGAAAGUUGGGAACCUUCUGAGGGACAGUUCGGGUAUCCUUGCCUCGAAGACAAAGACUGCGACGAGUACGAAGCCCUCGUCUGUAGCAUGGAGAUUUCCAGGUGUGUCUGCGCCGACGGCUAUGUCCUCAACGUCGACACCCUUACCUGUGAAUUUGAUGAAAGUUGGGAAGCUUCCGAGGGACAGUACGGAUUCCCUUGUCAAGACGAUGAAGACUGUGGCGAGGACGAAGCCCUCGUCUGCAACGCGGAACUCUUCAGAUGCGACUGCGCUGAUGGUUACGUCUUCGACGCCGACACGCUUACCUGCGAGAGUAUGUUGGACCGGGAAGUUAGAACUCUGUUAACGGUGCUGCAUACGAUGGAAACCUACAUCGUCGCAGCGAUGGAGAUCUACGAUUUACCGCUCGAGGAGGUCAUCGUCAGAUGGACUCCGGCACUCCCGUUUCCGGAACCGAGGUCCUCAAGGAAGGCUUCCGGAGCCCCUCACGGCGGGUCACAGGUGAACCGCAUAGCCAUAAAGUAG